AUGGUUCAGCUGAACUGGCAUGUGGAGUUUGUGGGGGACCUCCUGUAUGUGUUGGCAGCUAAAUUGUGCCGAGUUAAAAAGGCUCUUAAGGCAUGGUUGAGGGAGUCUUUUGGGGAUAUUUUUGAGAAGGUGAAGAAGGCGGAGGAGGAAGUGGCACAUGCAGAAAUUUGUUUCGAUGAGGAUCCUUUAGAGCUGCACCAGAUUCGAUUAAAUGAGAGACGGGCAUUGCUAACCCAUGCGCAGGUGCACGAAGAUAUGUUUUGGAGCCAAAAAGCCAGGGCGGCAUGGUUGAACGAUGGGGAUAAGAAUACCAGAUUCUUUCAUGCGUGUGUGUCUGAACGGAGAAGGAAGUCUAUGAUCCAUCAGAUAAGAUCGCAAUGCGGGGAGUGGCUGGAAAGGGAGGACGACAUCUCUAAGGGGACAGUAUCCUUUUUUCAACAACUGUUCUCGGAUCAAUCAGGGUUGAGCUCCAUUCCAGUGUCGGAUGUGAUUCCAAAACUGCUAUCUGAUCGGGAUAACCUUGAGUUGGAACGGCAUCCCUCUCUGGAGGAGAUUAAGGACGUGGUGUUUUCAUUGGAUCCCGACAGUGCUGCUGGUCCUGAUGGAUUUUCAAGGAGGUUUUUUACCUUUACAUGGGAGGUUGUUGGGAAAGAUGUUUUUGACGCGCUAGGUAGCUUUUUUCUGGAUCGGAGCUGCCAAGGAGCAUAA